GAGCUCAUUAGAAAGAGGACGCGCACAUAUAAGAGCCUGCUGGCAACACUCUGGAGCUGAGAAGGAAUAUCCUCUCUCUCUCGUGUGUGUGUGUGUGUGUUUGUGUGUGUUUUCCUCUCUCCGGUCUCUUCUUUCAUGUCAUGGGUUCGGUUUUCCCCGCCGACGCGCUGAGGAUGAAGUCCGGCUUCAAGUCUCCAAAUCUGUCUUUGUGUGAAAUCAUCACCUCGGAUGUCCUGCACAGCUUUCUGUACGGGAGAUGGAGAAACGUGUUGGGAGAACAGCCUCAUCACUAUCACCCCCAUCAUCAUCAUCAUCAUCUUCAUCAGGUCUCUGAAGACAAGCCGCAGCAUCCCAUCAGCAAAACCGCGUUCACCGCUGAGGUCCUGGCGCAGUCCUUCUCCGGAGAGGUCCAGAAGUUGUCCAGCUUGGUGCUGCCCAGUGAGGUGAUCAUCGCUCAGAGCUCCAUCCCUGGAGAAGGCCUGGGUAUUUUCUCCAAGACGUGGAUCAAAGCCGGGACUGAGAUGGGUCCGUUCACUGGCCGUGUCCUUUAUCCUCAGCACGUGGACCUCCACAAGAAUAACAACCUCAUGUGGGAGGUGUUUAACGAGGACGGGACGGUGCGCUGCUUCAUAGAUGCGAGUCAGGAGGACCAACGCAGCUGGAUGACCUACAUCAAGUGUGCAAGAAAUGAGCAAGAGCAGAACCUGGAGGUGGUGCAGAUCGGCAGCAGCAUCUUCUACAAGGCCGUAGAGACUAUUCCUCCUGACCAGGAGUUGCUGGUUUGGUAUGGGAAUUCACACAACACCUUUCUGGGAAUUCCUGGUGUUCCGGGCAUUGAGGAUGAGCAUCAGAAAAGAAACAGGACUGAUGAUUCCCACUCAAGCGACAGCAAUUCUUCAGCCUCCCCUUCUUCCUCCAUGUCCUCGUCGGCGUCCAGUCGCAUGCGCUGCGUCAUCUGUCACCGUGGCUUCAACUCACGCAGCAACCUGCGCUCUCACAUGCGCAUCCACACACUGGACAAACCCUUCGCAUGUCGCUUCUGCAACCGGCGCUUCAGCCAGUCGUCCACGCUGCGCAACCACGUGCGUCUGCACACGGGCGAGCGACCCUACAAGUGCCACGUGUGUCAGAGUGCCUACUCACAGCUGGCAGGACUCCGCGCACACCAGAAAAGCGCCAGGCACCGGCCAGCAGGCACCAGUACAGAAACCAGGCAGCCGUCUCCUGCCUCUCCAUCACAGAUGGCCUCCAUGGCGCAGACGGUGCCGCUGGUGCACCACAUAGCCACCAUGGUGCUCUGAGGAGUGCAGUGACCGGACACUGGAAAUGUCGAUCGUACAUCAGGUCGAACAACGUUGCACUUUUGCACUUCCUUCUGAAAUGUUGUGCAUUACAAAAUCAGAUUCAAUACGUGCACAGUACAAUCUUGGCUAUGAUCUGGAUCACUAUAUUUUGAUUAUGGAAACCAGAAGACUUUAAUCUGGGCUGAGACAAUGCUGUUCUGAAAUAAACCAGGAUACUCGAGCUUGUGUCCUAAUCACUAUGUCCUUU